AACAGCACUCCUGCGUGAGGCGUCCCGACGACAUGCGGACGCAAGGACAAGGGAAAAACAACCCAGACGUGGAAGGAGUAGACAGAACUCCCACCUCGGGACUAGAAGGAGCCCACGAGUUCCCCCCCACGGGUCCGUGGAAGCUGCCCCGUGACUGCUGGCGAAGAUGCCAUACCUUGGCUCCGAGGACGUGGUGAAGGAACUGAAGAAAGCUCUGUGUAACCCUCAUAUUCAGGCUGAUAGGCUGCGCUACCGGAAUGUCAUCCAGCGAGUUAUUAGGCAUAUGACUCAGGGCUUGGACAUGUCUGGUGUUUUUAUGGAAAUGGUGAAGGCCAGUGCCACUGUAGAUAUUGUUCAGAAAAAGUUGGUUUAUCUGUAUAUGGGCACAUAUGCACCUUUGAAACCAGAUCUGGCACUCUUGGCCAUCAAUACACUAUGUAAAGACUGCUCAGACCCCAACCCAAUGGUGCGAGGACUGGCACUCCGGAGCAUGUGUAGCCUCAGGAUGCCUGGUGUGCAGGAGUAUAUCCAACAGCCUGUCCUUAAUGGUCUGCGGGAUAAGGCUUCCUAUGUCAGAAGAGUGGCAGUCCUUGGCUGUGCCAAGAUGCAUAAUCUUCAGGGAGACUCUGAAGUGGAUGGUGCUCUGGUCAAUGAGUUAUACAGUCUUCUGCGUGACCAGGAUCCAAUUGUGGUUGUGAACUGCCUGAGGUCUCUAGAGGAAAUUUUGAAACAGGAAGGAGGUGUUGUCAUUAAUAAGCCCAUUGCGCAUCAUCUCUUAAAUAGAAUGUCAAAACUGGAUCAAUGGGGCCAGGCGGAAGUACUGCACUUUCUGCUCCGCUACCAACCCCGAAGUGAGGAGGAGCUGUUUGAUAUUCUCAAUUUGUUGGACAGCUAUCUCAAGAGCAGCAGCACAGGUGUGGUGAUGGGAGCCACCAAACUCUUCCUGAUCUUGGCAAAAAAGUUCCCCCAUGUACAAACUGAUGUGCUUGUACGAGUCAAGGGGCCCUUGCUAGCAGCCUGUUCUUCCGAGAGCCGUGAGCUCUGUUUUGCUGCUCUCUGUCAUGUCCGCCAAGUCUUGCAUAGUUUGCCAGGUCACUUCAGCAGUCACUACAAAAAGUUUUUUUGCUCUUACUCGGAACCCCACUAUAUCAAGCUCCAGAAGGUGGAAGUGCUGUGUGAACUGGUGAAUGAUGAGAAUGUGCAGCAGGUUCUAGAAGAGCUUCGAGGGUACUGCACGGAUGUGUCUGCUGACUUUGCACAGGCUGCCAUCUUUGCCAUAGGUAGCAUUGCCAAGACUUACACAGACCAGUGUGUACAGAUUCUAACAGAGUUGCUGGGGCUCCGACAAGAACACAUCACUACGGUGGUGGUGCAGACUUUCCGAGACCUGGUUUGGUUGUGCCCUCAGUGUACGGAAGCUGUGUGUCAGGCCCUGCCCGGCUGUGAGGAGAACAUUCAAGACAGUGAGGGGAAACAGGCACUUAUUUGGUUACUUGGGGUCCAUGGAGAAAAAAUAUCCAAUGCUCCUUAUGUGUUGGAGGACUUUGUAGAAAACGUGAAGUCAGAGACAUUUCCUGCUGUUAAGAUGGAGCUGCUGACUGCACUAAUGCGCCUCUUCCUUUCGCGCCCUGCGGAGUGCCAGGACAUGCUGGGACGUCUGUUGCAUUACUGCAUAGAGGAAGAAAAGGAUAUGGCUGUACGAGACCGAGGUCUCUUCUAUUAUCGCCUCCUGUUAGUUGGCAUUGAUAAAGUUAAGCAGAUCCUGUGUAGUCCUAAAUCCGACCCUUCUCUUGGACUUUUGGAGGAUCAACCAGAACGACCUGUGAAUAGCUGGGCUUCAGAUUUCAAUACACUGGUGCCAGUGUAUGGCAAAGCCCACUGGGCAACUAUCUCUAAAUGCCAGAAGGUAGAGCGUCAUCGUCUUGAGCUACCUCCUAAUGCAUCCUUGGCUAAACCAGGUCACUUGAUUUCUGAAGAGAACAAGCAAGGAAUACAAGAAUCUCUUGAUCCUGAAGCUCUCAUGCUGGUCCCCAAUCUCCAGCUUACUGCUGAGUAUUUUGAGAAAACAUGGCUUAACCUCAAAAUUACUCAUCAACAGGUGUUUCCUUGGCAGGGAGAAGUCCAGCCCGACACUCUCCAAAUGGCUCUAAAAGUAGUGAACAUUCAGACCAUCGCAAUGAGCAAGGCUGGGGCACAGCCCUGGAAAGCCUACCUCAGCGCUCAGGAUGAUACUGGUUGUCUCUUCUUAACUGAAUUACUGUUGAAGCCUGAGAACUCAGAAAUGCAAGUCUCUGUGAAAGAGAGUGAGGCAAGGACUGAAGCGCUGCACGGUUUUGUUUCUGUGUUAGAAACUGUGAUCGGAACAGUUGGAGACAUAAAAUCCUAAGAGUCUUGCUGCGUGCCUUGCAGUGAGGUGAACAGCUUUCAGAGUUCCUCCAUUUGCUAAAUAGAGCUGCUUCUGAGUCCAUAUGCAAAGAGAUCAGAUGCAAAGAGAACGGGCAGUCUAGGAAUCACGGCUUUUGUGUUUACCCAAAGGCUCCUCCCUUGUUCCCUUCCAGCCUGUCAGGGAUUGAGCCCAUUUUAAAGGAGAAGGUUACACACAGUAGUAUUGAUAAGGGGUAAAGGUGGGACGAGGAUAGGAUGGGGAUUUUUCUCUGAUCAUUUUAGGGGUUGUAUUUAUUAAAUAUACCUGGCGCCUGUGGAAAUGGGUAGCUGUCAUCA